ACGCAGGCGCGGGCCGCCCGGCUCCCGCCGGCUCCGCUCAGCUCCCGGUCCUCGCGGCGCGCGUGUGGGGGCCACCCGGCGUUCCCGGUGCUCUUCGCCUGGUUUGCGAGGAUUAAGCGUUAAGUACCACGUGGUGUGAGUACAGCUCCGAGUGUCCUGCGGCUUCGGGACCGGACUCGGGCCCCAGCCCCAGAGGAUCGAACCCGGUGCCUCAUCCGUGCUAGAUUUAGCCACCUGGAACUAUGAGUGAAUGGAUGAAGAAAAGCCCCUUAGAAUGGCAAGACUACGUUUACAAAGAAGUCAGAGUGAUAGCCAGUGAGAAGAAGGAGUAUAAAGGAUGGCUUUUAACUACAGAUCCAGUCUCUGCCAAUAUUGUCCUCGUGAACUUCCUUGAAGAUGGCAGCUUGUCUGUGACUGGAAUUAUGGGACAUUCUGUGCAAACUGUUGAAAUUGUGAAUGAAGGGGACCAUGGAGUAAGAGAGAAACUGAUGCAUUUGUUCAUGUCUGGAGACUGCAAAGCUUACAGCCCUGAAGAUCUGGAAGAGAGAAAGAAUAGCCUAAAGAAGUGGCUUGAGAAGAAUCACAUCCCCAUCACUGAACAGGGAGAUUCACGAAGGACUCUCUGUGUGGCUGGGGUCUUGACUAUAGAUCCACCAUAUGGUCCAGAAAAUUGUAGCAGCUCUAAUGAGAUUAUUCUGUCCCGGGUUCAGGAUCUUAUUCAAGGACAUCUUGUAGCUUCCCAGUGAAGAUCAAGAACUGUGGAUACACUAAUUGAAACCGACUUCAUUUUUUUGUUCUGUCAUGGUAUGUUUUGAAUUUAAGUCCAUCAUAUUGUGGGACUUCAAAAGUAUAUGAGUGUUGUGUUCAUUUGUGUAUAUAAUUUUUUGUUAUUUUGGCAAAAUCAAAAGAGUGAAUUGUGGAUGCUAAUUUUGUUGGGAAAUAAAUGAACCAAUUGGUAUAAGGAUAGCGACACAUGCAAUGAAAUUAGUAGAAAGAAGUCAGAAUUGUAAGGGUAAUUUUUUUUUUUUUUUUUUUGGAUGGGGAUAUACUCCCCCCUCCAUUUUUUCCCAGAACUGGUGAUCAAACUGGGCUGUAUACCCCCAGCCUAGUGUAUUGCAGCCCCCCACCCUGCCUUUUUAAGGCAAAAUAUAUAUUUGGAAAAAUAUAAUAUGGCAGAUUCAGUAUAAAAGGUGAACUCACAAUUGCAAGUCCUUUUUACUAACUAAAUCAAUGUUUUGUUUGUUUUUGUACUGGGAACUGAACCCAGGGACACUCUAUCACUCAGCUACAACUCUAGCCCUUUUUGUUUUUGGGUUUGGGUUAGGGACUCCCUGAGUUGCCAAGGUUGACCUUGAUUGAACUUGCCAUUCUUUUGCUUCAGCCUCUUAAUUGGCUGGUAUUACUGGUGUGCUCAACCAUGUCCAACUAAGUCAGUGUGUUUUUAAAGUGUUUGUCUCUUAUUGUGUUGUAAUGAUAGUUUUUUGAAUCAGUGUUUUAUGUUUUGAAUCUGGUUUGUUUCUCCUUAAAGGUUCAUGUGUUGGGAACUUGUCAGGGUGGUGGUAUUGGGGGGUGAUGGAGCCUUACUAGAUAGGCCUUAUGGAAGGUCCUUAGAUCAUUCCGGUCAUGUCCUCGGAAGAGAUUGUGGAACUCUUGUGUCUAACUCCUGUUUGGUAUGUAAGCUCUUCCACUACCAUGAUGCAGCUGAGAAAAGGAAAGAGUAGGCAAGAGAGAGUACACCACCUCUCACCAAAACUGAGCUAGUGUCAUGCCCUUGAACCUCCAAAAUGGAGCUAAACUUUACUUUUCUUCAUAAGUAGCUUGUUAUAGAUAUCUCAUUAUAAGGGUAAAAAGCUGACUAAUACAGAGGACAUCUUUUUUUUUUUUUGCUGAAACUAGUUUUGGCUCUUUAGUAAAAUCUUAACAUGAAAGUUUAACACUUUCAAAGCCUUUAAAGAAAGUAUUGGCUGAUAUCUCUGAGGAGAAAGUUGACUGAUAAAGUAGUCUGCUGCUGAAUUCAGUCCGGUUCCUUUACUGUGAAUUCAGUUCGGUCUUCAGACUUAUGAUGCUUUCUGUCUGCAGUCCCUAUUCUCUCGUCAGGCUUUGCUAAGGGAAAGGAAUGCAGGAGAUUCCUUUACAUACAUUUGACCCUACCUAUUUCUUGGAAGCCAGUCAGGGGCCAUGACUCCAUAUGAAGGUGGUAGACUAGAAAGGGGCAAGUUCAGAGUGGGAAACUUAGUCAAGUCCUGAAACAAACUGAGUUUUCUAGGUCAAACUAUAGGAGAAGUGAGAACUGAGCCUAGAAAUUAAGAUUCUUAAUUAGGCUUUACAUUAGAUUUAAAUACUGUACAAUCAUACCCCUAUGUGUUACAUGUUAUUUAUGUCCUUUUUGGAUUUUCUAAAAACUAUUUUAGCAGAUUGCCCAGAGUUACUAGCCCAGACUUUGUUCAUUUAGCCCAAAGAUAAGGGUGUGUGUGUGUGUGUGUGUUUUAAACAAAAUGGACCUAAGUGUAAGAACUUGAGAACUUUUGUGAGAAGUUUUGCGGGGUCAAGUAUUAGCAGUAUUAGCAAUCACAUACAAAUCCUAUCUUUGUAUUUUUAAUAUAAAUGAUAAAAAACAUUUAACAGCAGAAUAUGUUUUUGAAGUAAAUCUAUUUCUAUCUAUCUGGCAUGACUUUCCAUUUUACAUAUAAUUUCCUCAAAGUCUUAAGUAUUAAGUACUCUGUAUUCUUUAUUCUUGAUAAUAAUAUACUCAUAAGCUCUGUAGCACACUGUAUAUGCUUAUUAGAGUUAUUUGGCAGGUUUUUACUCUCAUUAGUCCAAAACAUAUUUCCAUCUUCAGACAUGUUCUAUGGGCGUAAUUUAUAUCUAAUAGCUAUUAGUUAGACUUUCUAAAUGGCUGCUUAUUUUAAGAGUUUUCUUUGCCUAGGACUAUUGAUAUCUUGAACUGGAUCAUUUUUUAUUGGUGAUGUCCUGUGCCUUGUAGGAUAUUGUGCAGCAUCCCUGGCCUCUUCUGGAUGCUAGUGGCAUCCCCUUUUACUUAUUUAUUUUUAAAAAUAUUUUAUUAGUUGUUGAUGGACCUUUAUUUAUUUAUUGUGGUGCUGAGAAUCGAACCUAGUGCCUCACACAUGCUAGGCAAGCACUCUACCACUGAACCACAACCCCAGACCCUCCCCUUUCACUUAUAAUGUUUUGGACAUUGCCAGGUAUUCUCUGAGGGGGCACAAUUACUUCUAAUUAAGAACCACUAGUUUAAAACAUAAAAAAAACUGCAUUUGGCUGGGGCAUAGCUCAUUGGUGGAGUGCAUGCUUAGCACCGCAGAAGGUCUUGGUUUCAGUCCCCAGUACCAUAAAAACAAAACAACAAAAGGCUUAUCAACUUCAUUUUCUCCAGUAAGGGGACUUCUUUGUAGUCUUUCUAUAUAAUAAAAGUUCUAUAUUUGUUAAGAGUUGAUCUCUAUGGGCAAAUCAAGUAUUUUUGAAAGGUUAAAUGACAUUGUUAUAUGUUUGAAAUCUAAGGAUGGAAAGGAGGAAAAACAUUCCAAGUGGAAUUUCAGGAUGCAAAUGAGUCUUGGACUGCUAUCCUGUCUUUAAUUAUUGUAGAAGAAAACCAGCAUUAAAAAAUAUAUUUUUAUUAGUU